GACCAUCCAGCACAGCUUUUGCAAGCAGAAUUAAUCACCUGGAUGAUCAAGAGCAGCCUCUGUUUUCCAGCAACACCCUGCGAUUCCCUGUGGGCGGCUGUGGAAUGCACAAACAGCAGAGCGGCCUGGCUUGGCCCAGAUCCACACAAGUAGGGAAUGACUCAAUAUCUUGACAGCCAGCGUCACAAGUGGGCCAUUCUUAUCCUCUCCGCUUGUGGUGGCAGCUUCCAAACUGGGAUACACUCUCCGACUUAGGAUCCACUGUGCUCUGGCAAGAGGGAGUGGACUCCCAGGCAGGACGAAUGAAAGAAUUGGGGGGAACCCACAUUGCCAGGAUACCCGGUGCUAAAAGAUGUCCAUCAUCCUCUCGGGUCUCAUCCAUGUCUUUCGCCCACUGCUGGCCUCCCUUUCUGGAGCACUCGACUGCAAGGGUUUGGGGCCAUGGUACUUCCUGCUGGGCCUCCGGAUCGUGGCCAUCUUCUUCGCCAAUGGGCCCUGGGACACCAUCAGGGAAGACGUGGAAUGCAACUUCAUCCAGCCCAUCGAGGACAGGUCUCGGGACUUCUGCCGGGCCUUGUGCAACAACCUACAUUUCCCGAUAUCGGUUUCAGCCACCUGGGGGCUGGUGUUCAUUGUGUUGCUCCUCCUUACGGGGCUCAUGAGGCUCACCAGCCCCAAGAAAAAGAAAAAGAGAGAGAGAGAGGAAGAGAGAGACCAUAGACACAGGAAUGAUGGCUUAGCUAUUGUGGCCACUGCGCCCCAUGGCAGCAGUGCUGAUAUAUCCACCAUCUAUAUGGUUGGGGAUCAAGGCCUUCCUAGACGCUACCGUCAUCACCACCCGCGCCAUCCUCACCACCUCUAUUAUGACCACUGGACUGGUUGGCAUGGGAGACCUAUGACCUCCACAGUCGGGGAAGGUGGCACCAGCGUGGCUUUUGGGCCAUGCGAAGAUGGGGGCUAUGGCAUGCCUGCCUAUUCUGGGUACAGUGGCCAACCGAAUAUGCCUGACUGCGGCUACGACAUGGCUCCAAAUGUGUGCUAUACGGAUAGCAGGCAAGCCAAGUUGCCCACACAUUGCUCUGGAACUGAUCAGCAUGAAAUGUCCACCUUUCAAAGUCAUGCCGGUCAAUCCAACAUUGCACCCCAUUGUGGGGAAACAGAGCAGUACAUGCCCACCAAGUGUGCCCCCGUUCCCAUUAAUAGUUCACCUUAUAAGAGCCGCAUGCCUUCCCAGUGUUGGUUGGGUGGUGAAGAACAUGGGGUCGAUGAAUCCUCUAACUUGAAUAGCACAGCCUGCGUGUACACUGUGGACACCCCUACCAGAUACGUCGGCCAAAGCAAAGUGCCCCCCCAGUACCUUGAAAGUGGCAAAUACAGCAUGGCAACCAAAGGUAGGCCAGUCACUGUGAGCAACACAGGCAAUAUUGGUGACCAACCCUGGCAAACCUGGCCAUGUAACAAAGCAGACAUGGCUAUCAAACGCAGGCCGGUUCCUGGGUGUAAGAUGCAGACCUUUCAAAGUCAUGCGAGACAAUCCCACAUUGCGCCCCAUUGUGGGGAAACAGAGCAGUACAUGCCCACCAAGUGUGCCCCCGUUCCCAUUAAUAGUUCACCUUAUAAGAGCCGCAUGCCUUCCCAGUGUUGGUUGGGUGGUGAAGAACAUGGGGUCGAUGAAUCCUCUAACUUGAAUAGCACAGCCUGCGUGUACACUGUGGACACCCCUACCAGAUACGGCGGCCAAAGCAUAGUGCCCCCCCAGUGCCUUGAAAGUGGCAAAUACAGCAUGGCAACCAAAGGUAGGCCAGUCACUGUGCACAACACAGGCAAUAUUGGUGACCAACCCUGGCAAACUUGGCCAUGUAACAAAGCAGACAUGGCUAUCAAACGCAGGCCGGUUCCUGGGAGUAAGAUGCAGACCAAGCGUCAUGUGACUUUUGAUACCACUAGUAGGAGUGAGAUGUGUUUGGGAAGAAACACAUGCAAUGAGCCAUGGUUGGCCAAGGAUUCCAACAUGGAAAGUGACUGUGGGCCCAUGGGUGGGAAGAGAAUCAAGAUGGGACCGAGCAUGCCACCUGAAGUUCCACUGUGCUGCGAUGGCAAUCCAGCCUGUACAUGUGCUGAUAGCAACCCAUGUCAUAUGAACACCCAUAAUGGGCCUUGUGAGUAUGAACCCAACUGCUGUGAACCCACUUGCAAUGAAGAAGCCACCCACAGAUCGCACUGCCACCACAACCGUCAUCAUAGAGAGUCCAUUCCUGGGCCUCAGGAGUAUGCCAAGAUGUCCAUCACAAAAAUCUGUGGUGUGCCCCUCUUUGAUGUCUGGGUGGGACUUCUCCUAGCCACCGAGAUUGGUUUCAUGUGCUUCAUUAUUAUCUUCCAGAUACCCCGUCUUAUUGGCGAGACGUGGAUCUGUGACCCUGGAAUCACUGGCUGUCCCCAGUCAGUUGAAUGCACAUUGAGAGGGAGGGCUGAGAAACGGGUUGUGCUGUGGAGCCUUGUGUUCACUGCCAUCCUUUUCAUCAUCGCCUGCAGUGGCUACUUUCACCUACGGAUGUGCUGGAACAGAAAGUGCCGUCAAAUGUGUGGGGCAGAAGAAGAAGAAAGGCGGGAAGAAGACUGUGCGGAUGAUACCAAGCCAGAGGAGCGGGAAUUCACGGAAGAUGUAGCAUGUGCCAGAGAGGAGGAGAACAGGGAAAGAGAGUGAAAGGGAAGUGGGACAUGCCUGAAGGGAUAGUGAGGCCUAGUCCUCCCUGAGGAGGUCAGCCUCAUAUCUGCCAACUGCCCCAUUUCUCCUGGGACAGUCACGGCUUUUGGUUUGGUUCCCAGCCUCCUGGGGAGGUCCACAGGAAUCCCAUUUUGCUGCCGCUGUCUCCUCCUCCUCCUCCUCCUCCUCCUCCUCCUCCUCCUCCUCCUCCUCCUCCUCCUCUUCGUCAUUCUGAAAUGUUGGCAAGUAUGCAGCCUCCUGUGCCACUCCAGACUGCAUGUGAUGACCCUGCAUGCGAAGCCUGAUUGCUUCUCCAUACAAAAGAGCUCCUGCCACAUAGAAAACAAGAUGUCAUCACAGAGAAGGGUUCUUGCUUAGCCAGCAGUCUGAAGUGGUACUAUUGCCCACAUUUAUGAAGCUGCCUUAGACCAUUAGUCCAUCAGCUUCAGUCUUGUUUACACGACCUGGCUGCAGCUGUCCAGUGUUUUUGAGAGGGGUCUUUCCUUACCCUACCUGGAGAUACCAGGGAUUGAACCUGGGACCUUCUGUAUGUAAAGCAGAUGCUCUACCACUGAGCUAUAGCCCUGACCCAAAUGUACUACUGCAGGGAGAAUUAUAGCAGGAGAGGGCAUCCUGGGGGAACUGCUGAGAGGAAGAUGUUUGAAAAGACUGGGAGCCAGUGAGCUGCAAAGAAACCUCUAGCCCCCAGGCCUUGAUUGUGUGAAAUGAGAUAGAGGCUGGGUUAAGACGUAACAUGAAACCGAAGGUCCCUUCACCUCUGGUUUCGCUAGACAACAACCAACAGUGAUGAACUACAAUUUAAAUGGGGGGGGGGGUAGACACAUGGAUUCCCUCCACAAACUCCAUUUGUCACCUUUGGUUAUCUCUUGGUUUCAUGGCCGCCACCUAUGAUUUGGCAGUAACAGCAUUAUAUCCAAACACUGGCACCGCUGUUAGCUCUCUUCAUAACCAGAGUUGAGGGAGGAUACUCCUUACUCGCCCCAGUUGCUAUUGGAUGUACGGGCUGUCCUUCAGGAAAGAGGGAAGCCCACACAGACAGCUCCCCCGCUUCUCUCCCCAAAAUCCAAAUGCAGAUGGGAGAGCGGGGGAGGGGUGGCACCAAACCACGGGUGCAUUGGACCUGCGGUUCCACAUUAUGUCUGAACCCGGCCAUAGAUAGUAAAGAAAGAGACAAAGAGACAGGGGCAACGUAUUCACAGAAGACUCUGUGUGCUGAGUUCCCGGUUUCUUCUUCACUAGCCAAACAAACUCCAGUUCCACACCCAGGAAGGCCAAGCUUUCUGGGAAGAAUAAAUUAUGCACAAGUGAACAUAUUUACUCACUUUGCAUUGUUGACUUGGCUGCCUUAUGUUUGAGCCUUCAAAGAAUGCAAGGGAAAGGUGAGGGUGGUGGCAACAGGGAGAACAAUCAGAUAGUUGGGAGGCGAAGAGAAAAGGCACAGAGGCUGGAGUUGGACAAUUAGGUGUAGGAUGGGAGGGGAACCAUAGCAAGAAAAUGAAUCAAGGUGUGUGUGUGUGUGUGUGUGUGUGUGUGUGUGUGUGUGUGUGUGUGUAAAAGAGAGAACGAAUGAACGUGUGCAUUUCAGUCUAGGACAUGGGCACUCAUUCACUGACCAGCCUAGGCCUUACUUAGUUUAUCUGAUUUCUGAUCUUUCACCAAGCACUGUGUCAAGGAUCUGGCCUCAUCCUAUGCCACCAGGUAGAAUUCUUCAUUGCUGUGGCAGGCUCUACCAACCAGCCUUGGCAUUCUCUACCUUUUUUCAGAAAUGAUCUCAUGCUAAGGCAGUUAGGCAUGGGGUGGGAAUGAUAGAAAGAGACAAAAGUAUGAUCCAAACUAUUGAAAAGUGUACGUAGAUUUUAAAAAGUAGCCAAAGUCAAACAAUUAUAUGGAUGUUAGAGCUUAGAAAAAGUGUACUUACAAAACUGAGCAAAAGAACAAUCAAAAGUUGGAGUGACUGACUCCGCUAGCCAGACUGAGACUUGCAAAAUUGUCUCACCAGAGCUCCCAGACAUGGGUGUUGGUAUCAUUGAGUGGAUGGGUUCAAAGAACCCAGGCCCCCCAGCUCCUGAAAGCCCCCCAGUUCCACACACCCCUAUUUUCUUAAUUAUCUCCCUUACUCCAAGAGGCCGCCAGGGAGAGAGGCCCCCUCUCCCCUAGUUAUGCCCCUGCUUCCAGAGCAGCUUUUUCCUUAGGCUUCUCUGAUCCUUGCAGCAGGGUUGACUUCCUCUCUGCCCUACUCUGGCAGAAUCAGCCUCUCCUGCCUGCAGCAGCCACUCCAAGGGAUUUCACCCCCUCCGCUGGAGUUUUCAGCUCUUAGCGAUUGCAGCUCUGUGAGGUUCAGCUCUUUUCAGCAGCUUCUGGCAGCUCUCUCAGCUCUGCUUGUGAUGACUUCUCCAGACUGGACUCAGACUGACUGAGCAACUCACAUCAGUGUGUGACAGACUCCCUGAUAUGCUCAAGCCUUCCCCUCCAUUUUUGGAGUGCACCCAGUCAGAAUUAACUCAUAUUUUCCUCCAUUUAAAACAAACAAACAAAUUCUGUUUAGCCUCCUUUCCCUCCUAAAUCAAUCAAACUUUUUAUCUGCUACACAACUUAAGGAAAAGACACUUCAGAAUACAAGCAACAGAAAGAUCAUAAACUAUUCAACAGACAAAAAAUAGAGGAUUAAUCCCGUGGGGGUGGGGGGGGGGUUGUCUGGGGCCGUGCUUGCGGCCCCUGAUUGGUGGCAGCCCAGGUUUGUGGCUACCCAGGCCCCUAGCCGGGCAGGGGCAGUAUGGCUAGCUGGGCCCCUGCAUCUGAUGUCAGACGCAGGGGGCCGCGGUGGCGGCCACACACGGUUUGCCGCCAACCUCCCUACACUGCUUGUACAGUCAUUCAUAUGUUAUGUUGAAUUAAGGUACAGAAGAACACUUCCUAUCUGUACCAUGCAUUUGAAGGGCCUGUAUCCAGGUUCACUUUUAAAAUAAGCACAGGUACAGGCAUUCCAACAAACACAUGUACGAGUGUACAAAUAAUGUCAUAAAAUAAUAAUAUAUAAAAUUUGAGCCUGGGGCACCCAAACCUGUUAGGGUUUGCAUGCUUGUAAAUGAUAAGCAUGGAGACUGAUUUAAGGUAAACUAAUCUACUUUAUUUAGAAGUGCAUGAUGAUAGGAAAGACCUAUACCCUGGCUGCUGGCUACUUGAUGGUCAGAGAGAGAGAGUGGGGAAGGAGGAGGAGGAGGAGGACCCCUAGUGGUCAUUAGGGUUAUUGUUGCAAAAGGUCGAUAUCAUCUGGAGCUGGACCUCCCAACAGAUUUAACGAUUCUGGAUAUAUAUUUAUUUUAUUUAAAAAAUAAAACCUUAG